AUGGCAGAGAUCAUGUUGCUUGAUGGGUGCUUCAUCAUCCAUCUUUUGCUAGAGCAUGCAGAGAAGGAGAGAGAGGAGGAAAAGAAGAGACGGGAACAGCAUAGAGGGGAAACGGUAUUGGAGAUGGACAAGAAGAAAAAGGAGGAAUGUGAGAUCAUGGGGAAGGGGAAGAGAGAAAAGGAGCAAGCAAGUGGUGUUGGCGGUGGAAAAAGUGUGGAGCUCAGGCAGGUUGGUGUCAAGUUCAGGAAGAAGGAGAAGGGAGCCAAUUUCUUGGACAUAACGUUCCAUAAGGGACGGAUGGAGAUACCACCAUUGUGGGUCACUGACCACACCUGUUCCCUCUUUCGCAACCUCAUAGCUUUCGAGCAAUGCUACGCAGGCACCAAGGCCUACGUCACAACAUAUGCAGUUUUCAUGGACUGCAUCAUCGACGAAGCCAAGGAUGCACAGUUGCUCCAUUUGAAAGGUAUUGUGGUAAAUAGGCUGAGCACCGAUAAGGCUCUAGCAGGUCUCUUCAAUAAAUUGUGCAAUCAAAUACAUUAUUCUCCUGAUAAGGACUACCUUAGAAAUCUGUUUACGGAGGUGAACAAGUAUUAUAACUCCAAACAUCAUAAAUGGUGGGCUGUUUUAAAGCGGAACUAUCUUAGCAAUCCGUGGGCUAUUGCUUCGGUGACAGCGGCAGUCUUGCUCCUCCUGCUAACUAUUGAGCAAGCAGUUUUUGCUGGUUUUUCCUAUUUGCUCCCUCCAAAGGGGUCGUGA